GUGUUCCUUGGACCCUUCAUACAUGGUUAGAGUCUUUGCGAACUGCUUUUCAACAACAUAGAAGGCCUCUCAUCCAGUGCUUGUUGAAAGAAUUUAAAUCUAUCCAGGAGGAAGAAUACACUGAAGAACUCAUCACACAAGGGUUGCCUUUGAUGAUUGAAAUCUUGAAAGCAAGUAAGAAUGAAGUGAUUAGUCAACAACUGGCUGUCAUUUUCACUCAUUGCUAUGGACCUUAUCCUAUUCCCAAGCUUAUUGAAAUCAAACGCAAGCAGACAUCUCGUUUAGAUCCUCAUUUUCUCAACAAUAAAGAGAUGUCAGAUGUUACAUUCCUUGUGGAAGGAAGACCAUUUUAUGCGCACAGAGUAUUACUGUUUACUGCAUCCCCUAGGUUUAAAGCCCUGUUGUCCAGCAAACCCGCAUCUGAUAGCACUUUCAUUGAGAUCAGCUAUGUGAAGUAUCCCAUUUUCCAGCUUAUUAUGCAGUAUCUCUACUAUGGAGGUUCCGAGUCACUUCUCAUUAAAAACAGUGAAAUUAUGGAGCUCCUAUCUGCUGCUAAAUUUUUCCAGCUUGAAGCACUGCAACGUCACUGUGAGAUCAUCUGUGCAAAAAGUAUCAACACAGAAAAUUGUGUGGAUAUUUAUAAUCAUGCCAAGUUUCUUGGAGUCACAGAACUAGCUUCUUUUUGUGAGGGAUAUUUUCUAAAAAAUAUGAUGGUUUUAAUUGAAAACGAAGCUUUCAAACAGUUGCUGUAUGACAAAAAUGGAGAUUCAUCUGGCCAAAAUGUUCUACAAGAUUUACAGAGGACGUUGGCAACACGGAUCCAGUCAAUUCAUUUAUCAUCCUCGAAAGGCUCCAUUGUAUAAAGUUCUGGAAGGGUCUGAAGUUUCAUCAGAGACACUGCACGUGAAAUGUUGCUGUUGUAUUAUCUUGAGCAAAUAUAUAAUUCUUUUCCUACUGGAAUACUACAUUGCGGUUAUGGGCCAAAGGUGCUGCCACUUACUUGAAUCUUCUUUUGGGCAAGAUGUUGUGGUACAAGUGACUCCUGGGCAUUUUUGGAACUGCAAGGAUGUAUUGGUGUCCUGUGAAUUGUUAUUCACAUUCUGGACACAGAAGUGCUAUUGUGUAGCUAAUGCCAACAGAAGGUGGGCUAAGUGCUGGUAAAGAGCAGAAGCCCUGAAAGAACAAGAAUGCCAUGGAACAAUUCUUUGACAAAACCAACACAUCAGGUUUUUAUUACACAGUGUUCUGUUCUGUUCUUUUCUUGUUUGGGGGGAGAGGGUGACUCCUGUAAUACUUCCUUGUCUCACAGUCCAUUGUAUUACACAUUUAAGAAAUAUAGGACUGGAUUACUUGCUCAUUAGCAAAAAUUAAAAAAAAAUGAUAAGACUGUUAAAAAAUGCGAAAACAUAUUUUCACAAUUUGUUACUGGUGGGAACGUUUUAAAAUGGUUCCUAAAAAAUGGGAUAGCUCUAAAUUUUUUCCCCAACAGAUAUAUUUAAAAUUGAAUGUAAUAUGUUAAGUUUGGCUAUUAUUUUGUUUUCAAUGGUGAAAUAUACACUGUGUAAACAUAUAUCUGAAAAUGGUUCUGCUCAUCUGCUUUCCUUAAAACUGGUAUAAUCUUGCCCAAAUGUUCUGAUUACACCAAAGAGGUGCAAUUACCAAGGAUUUAGUAUUUGGGGUAGGGGGAAAAUCUGCAUGCUAGUUGUGGUUUGGGAUUUAAAACAGCAAUGAAAUUCAACAUGCAUUUGCACGGUAAUGGUACUUGUGAAAUGUUAUGUUUGUGCUUAAUUUUUCCAAGAAAAAUGACGAUGCAAUGUUAGUUCACUGUCAACUCCAUUUGUGAAGUUAUAUUUCAGGGUUUAUUUUCUGGAUGCAUACAGUUCCCACAGAGUAGAGUUUUAAAGAUGAAGAUUUCUAGUUAUAUACAAAAGG